UACAAACACACCCGCUUUCCAAGUCCAAUUCCACAUUACAACAAGGGUCAAAUUCCUACCCUUGCAAAACCCUCCCCUUUCCCUCCUGAGGUAAAGCUUUUAAAAUUCCUCCAUUAGCUUGAAUCCCAACUGAUUCUGAAGGCUCUACUCGAUUACCCUUCUUAUCCUUUCAAAUGCCAAAGGUGAAGACUAACCGUGUUCAGUACCCUGAAGGUUGGGAGUUGAUUGAGCCUACUCUUAAUGAAUUACAAGCCAAGAUGAGAGAAGCUGAGAAUGAUCCAAAUGAUAAUAAAAGAAAAUGUGAGGCACUGUGGCCCAUCUUCAAAAUAGCCCAUCAGAAGAGUCGCUACGUUUUUGACGUAUAUUACCGAAGGAAGGAAAUCUCCAAGGAAUUGUUUGAUUUUUGCUUGGACCAGGGGUAUGCAGAUCGGAAUUUAAUUGCUAAGUGGAAAAAGCCUGGGUAUGAACGUCUUUGCUGUCUACGAUGUAUGCAACCUCGAGAUCACAACUUUCAAACAACAUGUGUGUGCCGAGUACCUAAGCAUUUGCGAGAAGAGAAGGUUAUAGAGUGUGUCCAUUGUGGCUGUAAGGGUUGUGCCAGCGGAGAUUGAGUGGUUCUUUUGACUUAAUCUUGGCCUACAUGUCAAGAAUGGCUGUGGUUAGUUCUCUUAAAUUGGCACCUGCAGUAGAUGCUAUUAUUGUACUGUUUCAUUACUUGUUGUUCGGGCUUUUGGCAAGCCUGUAAACUAAAGAAGUUUAGAGACUGCAAUUCUGAGGCUUGGCUUCUCUGUUUGUAAACUGUUAUUGCCUUAGCUGUUUGGCAGCUGCAGAUAGUUGAUAAAUCAAUCAUGUACUUGUGCACAGUUCCAACAUCUCUGACUGCUAACUUGCUAAAUACACUUCUUGCACAAGAGAUACUUGCUCUAUAUUGCUGAUUUUUUCAGCUACUGUUAGAAAUGGUUGUUCAUGGUGAUGUUUGAAAA